AUAAAAAAUAAGUGAGAAUUGAUUUCAUCCAAGUGAUUUCAGUUAAAUGAGAAAAAAAAAAAAAAGGAGGAGAAGAAGCUUCCUUUUGGAAAAGACACUGAGCAGUAGGAACUUGUUCUCUUCCACAGAUUUCUCGAUAUGCCUGUAAGGACGUUGGUAGAGGUGGAGCCGCCAAGCCCACUGAGGUACCUGAUCGGAGCCGCCGUGAUGAUGAUCGGAGUUGUGCUUCCGGUGGGUUACAUGAUGUUCCGAAACAAGCGCGUACCUUCCUCUUCUUCAUAUUCCAAACAGACGUAGGAGCAAGGUUUUGAUAUAGAGAGGUAUGAUAUUGGUGACAUUGAUGAUGAUGAUGGUUGUGAUGAUAAUGAUAUGAGAGCUCUUUGAUCUAGCUUAGUGGAUUUGUAUUUGUUGGAUAUGCUUGGAGGAGGUGAUUGAUUAUUUACUAUUAGAUUAGAAGAUUUUUAGCAAAUUUAACCAUCACUACUAUUGCUUCAAAUGUAAAUCAGUAAAUGCAUUUAGUUACCAACUUACCAUAUCUCAAGUGGUUGUUUUCCGCGUACUAUGAACUCAUCUAUCGGCAGUUCAGCACUGUUUAAAUUCAUAUUUUUACAUUUUGUGUACCAUGGUUGGCAUAGAUUUUUUUGGA